ACCCGUUUAAACUGUCUGUGUCAGCAUUAUUCUAUGCCCGCACGGCGCCGUGCGCUCCGAUAGCGGACCAACCACGACCGCUCGCUCGGUUCGCCAUUUUUCUCCAGCCAGUCCUGUUAUAACCGUCGCACGGGUCGCCCGUACUCGCUAUGGAAGCUCACGACAAAGCGAUCGUACUCAUUUUCAAUCCAUCCGAACCCGUUUAAAACAAAAAAACACCCCAACUAACCCGCCGACAGUGAUCAGUGACUUUAAUACAGAUUUCAGUGAAGUUUUAAAGUGUUGAAGCAGUUUAAAAGUUGUGUUGCAAUUUUAGUCCGCCUAAAACUUGGGUCGUGAUACAAUAGAGCUCUUGGUUUUCGAUUGUAAAUGUUGAACGGAGGUUUGUUUUGAAUUAUAAGUGGCACUUUCGAUUUGGACUGGACUUUUGUGUGGCGCAAAGCUGGAGGUAGUCCGUGGAAACUUGGCAGAAGGUCAAGCUCAGAAGCCCUGGAUUCCCUUUAAAAUCAACAUGGAUUCAGAGAGCCGGAGCGAGUCGGCCCUCAACAGCCCGACGGAGCCCGACGUGUCCUUAGCGGCCUCCCUUACGGACCCUAUAGAGGCCACAACGCUGGAGGAAGCCCGGAGGACCAUUAGAGACCUAAGAAUGAAGUAUCGCGCCCAAGCCCACCAGCUCCUAACCUGGAGGCGCGCUCAUCGCAUCCAAGAAGAUCUCGUCUCCCGUCUCCAAAUAGAGAAAGCCAACCAGCUCAAAUCCCUCUCCAGCCAGCUCCUCCUCUUCGAAUCACGCCUGGUCCGAAAACAGAAGGAAAUCUGCAACAUCAUCGCCGUCAGAGAAUCUAUCAUUGCCAAACAACAGAAAGCCAUAGAAGCCUUGCAAGCGAAACUACUAGAGAACGGAAUAGAACCAACACAAGCCAUCCCGGACUUCAGAGAAAUGCUCCAAGACACACAGAUCGCCGAUUUCGAUAGUCUCAACGAUUCCGAUUCAGCCGUCAUUAUGGAAGACGUCGAUUCAGACUGUAGCAAUCUUCCGCACGUACCACGCUUUAGAAACGCCGACUCGGUCACCAUCGUACGAUCCAUCUCGGACGCUAUCGAUCCUAAUUUAAAAUACAGCAUUAUCCGCCGUUCAAACGGCUUCCUCCGGCGUCCUGAGAUCUUAGAAACUGUAUACAGCGUUGAAGAAGAAGCCGAUGCGGACUCCAUGAAAGGUCUAAGUGCUCAGAACUCAACAGAAAAAGAGAUGAAAGACAAUAAGACGGACGAAGAAAAACAGAACGAAUCCACCAGCCUUCUCACACAAAGACGUGACAACUUCCGCAUGAGAAGCGUAGUGUUAACUGAAGCGCUCAAAAGCAUAGACGAUGAUAAGAAGAACGAGACCUGGGCGUACAGCUAUGUUCCAAAGAAGACCGCAUCAGACGACGAAGCUACAGAAAGCGACGAGGAAACGGAACGCAAUCCGGUAGUGACCUACAACCGUGUUAUGUCGAAUCAUCGGAACGUGACGAAACCAAAAGACGUGAAAUACAAGAGGAUAAAUAAAGCCAAGUCGAAAAGCUUAGAGGAGUUGCGGGGCCGGCUCAAGAACUGGGUCGACAAAGGGAAUAAGUUCGCAAACUUGACCUUGGAGCAUGCGCAGAGCUACGCUUAAAGUUCCUUUGCGACUAGUCGCAGGUUUAAGAGGAAAGUGGACGACGGCGUCCGCACGUUCUUCCCAUUAUCCUCUCUAGAUAUUUGGUUCGGAUUUUUAA